UGCCCCUGCGUAAAGCUGGGCGGGCCGGAGAGGCAGGCGGCGGGCUUGGUUGCCGGGACUACAUCGAGGGAGCCGGUGGUGGGCUGGGAAGCAUACCGGUACAUAAGAGACGCUUGAAUCCCCGGGCAGCAGUGCGAGAGAGACUUCCGUCCGCUCCUGCCGCCCCUGCCAGGGACUUUUCCUCGGCGAGGAUCAGCCGCUGCCUGUCUGCCUGCGAGCUGCAACUCACACCCCUUUCAGGUCUACGAAGCCCGCGCCUUCUCCUGCGCAACUGAUUCUUCAGGAGAUCAGCCUCUCUGGUAUGCCGCCGCCCUUCCCUUCGGCUGCUCCUCUCCGGGUGAAAAGCAAUCCAACUUGGCCAGAGCCUGAGCAUCACCGGGGCAGGAAGGCGAGGCUGUUUUCCUUCUCCUGUUGAGACUCCUCUGAACCUCGUUUCCAGGUUUGGACCUCAGGCUGGGAAGCUUGUGGGACCUGCAGAUCCCAGAAGAUCAAACAGAAGAAUGAAGGCCUUCUGGACUCUCUUGGCCACCGUGCUGUUGGCAGGCGAGGCCCUUGCUAUCCGGGCAUCUCGUACGCGGAGGGAGCUGGCCCCAGGAUUGCAUGAGCGGGGGAUCCGGGACGCAGGAGGCUCUUACUGCGAACGCCGUAAUGCUUGCUGCCCUGGGAGGGAUGAUGGCUGCACAGUGCCAUACCUGGACACCAUCUGCUACUGUGACCUCUUCUGCAACCGCACUGUCUCUGACUGCUGCCCUGAUUUCUGGGAGUACUGUUUGGGCAUCGAACCUCCGUUUGCUGUGCAGCAAGCCUGCAUCCGUAAUGGACACAAGUUUCCAACAGGCUCAACCUACAGAGAUAACUGCAACUUCUGCACUUGCGAAGGAAAUGGGCGAUGGUCCUGUGAAAACCAUGCUUGCCUCAUCAAUGGGGAUAUGAUAGAUGCCGUCAACAGAGGGAAUUAUGGCUGGAGAGCCUCCAACUACAGCCAGUUCUGGGGCAUGACGCUAGAGGAGGGCAUCCAGUAUCGACUUGGCACCAUCAAACCCCCCACUGCUGUCAUGAACAUGAAUGAACUCCAUAUGAAUAUGGACGCCAGUGAGGUGCUGCCUUCCCAUUUCAACGCUGCUGAGAAGUGGCCUGGAAUGAUCCAUGAGCCGCUGGACCAGGGCAACUGUGCUGGAUCCUGGGCCUUUUCUACUGCAGCGGUGGCCUCAGACAGGAUCUCCAUCCACUCCAUGGGACACAUGACUCCCGCCUUAUCGCCCCAGAACCUCCUCUCCUGCAACACUCGCAACCAGCAAGGCUGCAGCGGGGGCCGAAUUGACGGGGCCUGGUGGUUCCUGCGCAGGAGGGGAGUGGUGACGGACGAAUGCUACCCUUUCACCAGCCAGGAAAAAGACAGCACCCCGCCUGCAACCCCUUGCAUGAUGCAUAGCCGCUCCACAGGCCGGGGCAAGAGACAAGCCACGGCACGCUGCCCCAACCCAUGGACGGACUCCAAUGAGAUCUUCCAGUCCACCCCUGCGUAUCGCCUCUCCUCUAACGAGAAAGAGAUCCAGAAGGAGUUAAUGGAAAACGGACCAGUGCAAGCCAUCAUGGAGGUGCAUGAAGACUUCUUCGUGUAUAAAAGCGGCAUUUAUCGGCACACAUCUGUAGCAGCCGGGAAGCCAGAACAGUACCGACGGCACGGCACCCAUUCCGUCAAAGUCACCGGGUGGGGAGAGGAACAGAUGCAUGAUGGGUCAAAUCAGAAAUACUGGAUUGCUGCCAACUCGUGGGGCAAGGACUGGGGAGAGGACGGCUACUUCCGCAUUGCCCGUGGGGCCAAUGAGUGUGAGAUCGAAACCUUUGUGGUAGGCGUCUGGGGCCGGGUCGGGAUGGAAGACAUGCACCACAAGAAGUGAGGAACUUGGGAGGCCGACCUUGCACCAGCAGGUCACCAGGGAGAACUUCCUUCCUUUUGUUGCCCACACCAUUUUUCUUCUCCAAAAAAGAAAACAAAAUCAAAUCUGGAUCAGCCAAAGAACACCACACAGCUCCCUUUCACCACUGAGUCUGUCUCUGAAGAGAACAAUGCUUGACCACAUUCUGGGGUCUGCACAAGACUGUGUGAGGCCUAGGACUGUUCUUGAAGCCCUGGGCAAGUCUAAAAGGCUUUGGAUGGCCUUCCUGGAAACUUUGGAAGCUCCUUGAGAACUGAAGAAACAGCUGGAGAGGGGGAAGUUUUGUCAGAAGGGACCAAGGAAAGUUAUUCUGUCUGACACCCCCUUGCUCCUCUGCAUCUUUGUUAGCCUACACACAAAACCCAAAGUGUGCCGCAGAGACACCAGAAGCAAAUAAGGAACACCCUGUCAAUUUUGCCUGAAGAGUGGCUAGUGCCAUACAGUGAACAAUAUGGGAGGACAAAUCAGCCUCUCCUUUUCUGUGGGUAUCCAGUAAUCUCUUGUACACCUCACCAGUGCCUCAAAAUGAAGCCAUUUUGGAAGUGCUGGUUUCUCUGACCUGAUGUUCGACAGUGGUUUGAGUCAGGAACAAACCUCUUUCGAGGAAUUGGCAGCCAUUGUAAUGCCAAGAGUUGUGGGCUUCUCAUGUCAAACCAUUUUGGGCCUCAGGUAACAUGGGAUCUCCCCUUAGCUGCUCCUUCUCCUCACACACAUACGAACACCAGUCUUAUGGAGACCACGCAAAAACAAUCAGGCCUCACAGCCUAAUACAUAUUGCCUCUUGUAAACACUCCCAUAGUUUCAUUCCUAGCCACUCCAUAUUGCCAUUGCUUUACCUCAGCCUGGCUGACAUAUAAAAGAAAAGCAGGAAUCCUGAACCUCAAGUCUGCCAGGGGAUGCCCUCACAAACAGAGGAGUCAGUCCAAAUCACAGGAAAUAAAGUAAAGAGAUGGCUGCUGUGAUUUUGAGAAGACAUUUCUAGAACUGCUCAGUAAGGUCCAUCAUUCUUGGAGGCCCAAUCCUGAAAUGGAAAUGGCGCCCAGUUACAGAAUGAAGAAACAACCUCAAAGACUGUGUUUUUCCAGACAGUUUUGCCCAGGCAUGUGGGAAAUUCACCUUUGUGGUGGAACAAACUACUGCUAGGUUUUUUUUUUAAAUGAAUUUUAUUAUUCCUGGUGAUCAACCAAACGGUUGGAAGACAAACAAUAGUUUUCAAUGGAGCUGAGGAUGGUAUGAAGGGGGCAUUGUUAUUCAUUGUUCAGCUUAGAGAUGUCAUAAGGACGUGGCCUAAGUUAUGGAGGGUUACCAUUUUAAGUAUGAGCCCCAUGUUUUUUUAUAACAUGUUGCUUCAACCUCCUCAAUGGAUGGUUUCUGCUGUGUUUCAAAAAUCUGUCAAAUUCAUUUGAUCAGAGAGAUUGCCAGACAAAAACAAAGGGUGUGAAAAUCACUGCCCAACUGCUGCCAAGGCAGCCAAUGUUCUGUAGCAGGAAAACAUACCGUAUCACGAUGUCAGGAGUUCUCAGGAGAAGUUGUGCUUCUUGGAGGAAGGAACUCGGCAUGGGGUUCCCGUGUAUUUUACUCUGUGUCAGAGCAGAGUGUUUGUUUGUGUCACAGGGGAUGACUCCACCGUACCUUCAGUUAUCUGAAAAAAGCAUUCGCCUGCCUACUGGCAGAGCAAGCCAGAAUGAGCCCCCUGUCCUGCUAGAGCCCCAUGGCAUUUCUCCUCUCUUCCAAAUUAGAAAAUAGGAAAUCCUUUUCUUCUCCUCUCUCCCCAACCUGUUUAGAAACCCGUGCUGUUUUCUCAUUUCCCCUCCCGAGAUCUGUUGCAAACACAGAGUUUUGCUGACACGAAGAACCCGGUGCACCAGCCCAUAUAUUAUCCAUAUUGAAAGCAUUCAUUCUCCCCUGCACUGUCCUCACCCUGCCCCUAUCAGUUAUCCCUGUCCCUUUCUUUCAUGUUUGAACGCCUGUCUCUGAGCCUUCUGUACAGGAUGUGGGGGUCUUUGGGUGCUUAAUCCCACCCUAGCUUAGUAAAACCAUUGUUGGGAGUUUGGUGUUGAUGAAAGGGGGCUUUAGUCAGGCGUCGUGGCUGGUUCUGUCAGUUUUUGCAAGCUUCACAAGCGUCAGUGCAAACACUGAGCCGCCCCCAUUCAUGUGAAAGAAGCGGAGAGUGAAAGCGCACAUUAAAGUGGAGCGUGUUCACGCCUGACCGAAGCAGCAAGGCUUUAGAGUAAGUGCCUGUGCCAGCACUCCAUAUGGAGUCCAAAUGAAGUUUUAACAAGGGAGAAGCCAGCAAGUACAUGUGCCCAGAUCAAAGCAGAAAAUGAGACAUCCAGGUGAUUGUGGAUUUUCUAAGCCCGGACCUUGGCUUAUAUCUCACAGGUCCAUAAAGCUGGGACUAUACCACUUCAGACUACAGGUGGUAGUGGUGAUGGAUGCAUGGACUAUUCUAUGAAAAUUUUAAAUAAAAACAUGGAAAGUAAGCAUGCUAAGGAGAAAGCAAGGUGCAAACCCACCUCCGUGGCAUCUGUUCAGGUAGAUGGCAUUUUUAUUUUUGGCAUGAAAAGUAUUCCAUCAUGUGUGCCUCCACACGCAGUCUGCAGUGGUAUAACCCAGACAAAGGUUGCCCACCUCCGGGAGAACUGGGCCACUGCAUAAAAAACAGAACAGAACUGCCUCCACCCACCUGUCCAUUUCAAAGUGUUUUGGGGAUGGAAAUGUGCAAUGGGGAUACAAUCAAGCUCUGCAGUCCACACUUCCAUCCUAGGUUGACUUGCUGUCAUCUCUAAACUGUUGGCAGCAGCUGCAGCUGCAGCUGUUUUUAGGAGCAGGCUAGAUUUUGACAUACAUCUGUAACUAAUGUGCAAUUAGGCUAUUAUAGCUCCAUCCCUUCUUCUUUUUUCCUUAUCAAAGCUUUUUAACUGAAAAAGGAAAGGUAAUGAAUUGCCAUCAGUACACCUGUGCACCCAUUGCCUAAACUUUGUAGUCCUCUUCCAGAGAAUGUUCGGACAGGCAUACAUGUCUCAGUUUAUUUCUCUACAUUAAGCUGCUGGGCACUUUGUGAAGUAACUGGUGCCCUUGAACCGUUCUGAAAUCUUUGUGAAGAAGGGAGUUUCUCUCAAGGUUCCUGAAGGCUAAUGGUGUGUCUGGAGACCCUACAAAUGGACAACAAAUGCAUGGCUGCUGGAGUGUAGUGAGGUUUGAGUGAACUUCCUUCCAGUUUGUGAUAUUUUAUCUGCAAUGGCCUGUUUACAUGGGGUUGCCAUAGCUGUUGAGCUUUCUUUGGAAAAUCUCCGAAAAAAACUGAAGUUUUAGAGCUUUUAAAAAAGAAAUUUGUCAAAAAAAAUCAACACUUCUGACAUGGGUUGCUAUGGGUUCCCGGACAUUUUAACCUCUUUUGGAAAUUCCACUGGGACUCCCUUUUCAGCAGGUGAAACCCGGAAGUGUCCAGGGAAUUCCGGACAUAUGGCAGCCCUACAUUUACACAUGCAAGUCAUCACUUGCACCCGAGGCCAAGUCAUGAAGGAGAAUGCGAUGAAAGAACCCAAUGAUGCUAAGAAUGAAAUAUACUGGAUUUAGACUGCGGGUUGGUGAUGCCAUUUUGAAAUGCUUCCCCCAGGUUUAAAAAAUAAUCCACUGAGAGUAACGAAAACAAAAACCCUACCAUAGCUGAUACAAAUGUUACAAGUGUCUGGUUUUAAAAGCUCUAACCCCAGCCACACACUCUGCUGUGCUUGCAAUGAGAUUUUAAUGUAUCAGCACAUUGAAUAAUGUGAUCUCCCACCUGCCCAUUGAUAUUAUGUACCUUGUUCUCCCACUUCAGGACUCUUGCCUCCUCUUCCUGCUACAUGUAUAGCCUGUGCUUAAAAUUUUUUCAAAACUUGAGGGAUUCAAAAUGGUCACAGCUGACUUGGUCUACUAAAUUCAGCAAAAGUGAGGCAUGGCCUUGCCUUGCCUUUUCGGGUGGCCCCAUUGACCAAAAUGUAGCUAGUUACGUUCCCAGAACCCAGUUACUUCCCAUGUUAGGAGACUGGCUAUUACAGUAUAUUAGUGCCUGCUCUCCCUGCCCCUUUGAAGCACGCAGCAUAACAUUGACUGGAUAUAGGUGCAUUUGUGCAAAUUAUGGGCUAGCAAAGAUGAAAAGUAAAACGAAUGGUGACAAACAGGGAACUUCCAGACAAUCUGUUUAGUGAACAUUCACCCUGAUUUGCUUGUGGGGAGGCUGGAGGAUGACUGCGGAGGGUGUUGCAUCCAGCUAGUGUUAUCCCACACAAUCCAGAGCAUUUCCCUGUCACUUUCCCUAUCGCUGAAAGUCUGACCAAGUGAGUUUGUUGCACAGGACCCAACUAUAAAUGUACUACCAGAAUUUGCCCAGAAUGUGACUAAAUUCCAUUCAGAAAUAUGAACAGCCUGGAAGCGCUCAGAGACAUAAAUGUUGCAAACCUAAACAAAUACAGUGGUGCCUCGCUAGACAAACGUCCUGCAAGACGAAUUUUUCGCUUAACGAAAGGAUUUUUUGAGCGGAGGUUGCCUCGCUAGACGAAUUUGUUUUACGAAAAAUUCAUCUAGCGAAUCGCGGAUUCCCAUAGGAAUGCAUUGAAAUUCAAUUAAUGCGUUCCUAUGGGCAAUAAAAAAAAAUAUCGAUGCAUUCCUAUGAGAUUUGCUGGACGAAUUUUUCAUUAUAAGAAUUCACCCGUGGAACGAAUUAAAUUCAUCUAGCGAGGCACCACUGUAUAACCAGUUUGUCUGUUGUGGCUUUCCACAAAGAAUCAUGGAAAGGUUACUGAUGCAUGUGUUAAAAGUCUAUUUAUGUACAUGGAUAUCUUCAGCUGGCUCAGAGCACCUGUGUAUUAUCCACACGCUCUGGUUUCUGCAUAGAGGGAAUCUCCACCUUUGCAACAAACAGUUGACACUCAUGAAUGAACAAAACUUGAUGUGUGUGUGGCGGCAGUGGCAGGGAGCCCUGCUCCAAAUUCUCAAGUUAUUACAUUCCAAAGAAGUUGCUUCUGAUCAGACGUAGAUCAAGAACUUAUUAAAAGAGAGAAGCAAUGCUACUAUCUUGUCUAUGCAGAAGGUUUUGUAUUUCUAAGAGCCUUUUUAUAUUUAUUUUGCUUAUUUGUAAAUAAAGUGCAUCAAAGACAGUG